AUUAUAUUUUACCUCUGUUUUGUGGCAAGCCACCCAGGGAAAAGUUAUAGAUGGGUGGCUCUGAAAUUGAAAUGAAUAGAUAAAUAUACAAUUCCACUGAGAAAAAUAGUUGAUGCCACCUUGGGCUGUGUUAACAGCAAGAUAAGUUCCAGAUUAUCAGAAGAAGACAAGCCCCCUCCAGGCUCCCUGGCUCUCUUCUUCCAUAUGCCACCAUCUCCAAUCUCACAGGCCUGCACAUGGUGGGAGCUGAACCUCUGCUCUGCUCACUUAGGUUCCCUGAAAUGAUCAAGCACCCCAGAAGUAAAGAUGAGGGAGAAACUUGACUCAGUGUUGCAUUUAAAAGCAAACCUUCUGAAUCCACCCUUUCUGACAUUAUAUGUGUUGUUUGUUGUUGUUGUUGUUGUUAAAGAUUUUCCUUGCUUACAAAAGCACAUGUAUUGACUCUUUCUUCAGGUUGUGUUUUCUACAGAUCAGUUACAUUUGUUGUGAUAAAAAGUGAUAAAAAAAGAAGAAGAAGAAAGAAGUAAAGUACAAUUAUAUGUGAACUGAAACAUAGGCACUGACUUUAAAGCACUGAAGUGAAGUAGGACUCUCUUGUGAAAUGAACAUCUCCCAUUUGGAGAACCAAACCUUCAACCCCUCCACAUUCCUCUUGACAGGCUUUCUUGGGCUGGAGUACGCCCAUCGCUGGAUCUCCCUCCCCUUCUGCUUCAUCUACAUGACGGUGAUCUUGGGGAACUGCACAAUCCUCCAUGUGAUCCGAACAGACUCAAGCUUGCACGAGCCAAUGUAUUAUUUCCUGGCCAUGCUGGCCUUGACCGACCUGGGCUUGUGCCUCACUACGUUACCCACAGUGCUGGGCAUAUUUUGGUUCGAUGCUCGCGAGAUCCCUUUCAGCGCCUGCUUCACACAGCUCUUCUUCAUUCACUCCCUCUCCCUCGUUGAAUCUUCCGUGCUCUUGUCCAUGGCCUUUGACCGCUUCGUGGCCAUCUGCAACCCGCUGAGAUAUGGCUCCAUCUUGACCACCCAGAGGAUCGUGACAAUGGCGCUGGCCUUUGCAUUCCGCAGCUUUUCCCUGAUUGUGCCUCUGCCGCUGCUUCUCCGACGCUUCCAUUACUGCAGGACCAAUGUCCUCUCUCACUCCUACUGCUUGCAUCUGGAAAUCAUGAAGCUGGCCUGCUCAGACAUCAUCGUCAACCACAUCUAUGGGCUGACCGUUGUGGCCUUCACGGUGGGAAUCGACUCCCUCCUGAUCUUCCUCUCUUACGUCUUCAUCCUGAAAACAGUCCUGAGCAUUGCCUCCAGAGAAGAGCGCCUCAAGGCCUUCAACACUUGCGUCUCCCACAUCUGUGCUGUCCUGCUCUUCUACGUGCCCAUGAUAGGCCUGUCGUUGAUCCACCGCUUUGGGGAACGUGCCCCUCACAUCGUCCACAUACUCAUGUCCUACGUCUAUUUGCUGGCACCUCCUCUGAUGAACCCAGUUGUGUAUAGUAUCAAGACGAAGCAGAUCCGCCAACGUAUCCUCAAGAAACUCUGUGCUGUGAAGCUCAUCCAGACAUAAGGACAAUAAAAAGUUUAAGUGCUACACUUACAUUACAAUAUAUCAAUGAAUAAUGUUGCACGAGUCAGGUGGGUGCAUCUAUUUUGCUUCUCAGGUCUAUUCAGGACCUCAAAGUUCAGACACCAACUAAAGACAACAUGCCCUGUGAUGACUGUAUGCUCUACUGCUUCCAUUCCACUGCUGUUUGUCUUCCACCAACCAAACCAUGUUAUUUGUCCCAGUGUUCACUGUGGUGGAAUUGUGUGCCUUAUGUAAUUUACAUAAUAUAUAAAAAUUCUGUUGUCAUUGUGUUAUUCAGCCCCCACCCAUUCCAAUGCAAAGGAAACACAAAGCGGAUGGAGGGAAGUAAUCAAUUGCAUAAUCAGGGCUUUUCCCCCAGCUGGAACGCAAUGGAACUCAGUUCCAGCACCUCUCAGGUGGGAACCGUGGCCAUUAUAAGAGUUCUAGAAAAACAGCCUGGCACAUCAUGUUUGCAAACUGAAAGCAACAUAUGAUUACUAACUGUACUUGCUGGAUUGUGUUCCAUUCCAAAGAAAAAAUAAAUAAGCACCAGCAAUUUCUGCUCUCGUAUUUUUUCUUGCAAGAAUUCUCUGAUGUCCCUUGCACCAGGGUUACUGAAUGCUCGGUCUCUCAGAAGGCUUUAUGAUUCCCAGGACUGUGUGGGAUGGGAUGAUGCUGAGCAACUAAGCUAGUGAAACAUUGAAACUGAAAAGUUGUUGGGGACAGGACA